AGCAAAAAAAAAAAAAAAACCGCCGCUCCGCGAAAAUAAAUAAAUAUAAAUAAAUAAAUAGAUAGAUAAAUAAAUAGAUAGAUAGAUAGAGAGAGCUGCUGAAGAAUAAUACUGCCGUGUAGCAGCCGCAGCGGCGCUGGGGGACUCGGGCAGGAUCGGCUCGCCUCGUUUCCCCUGUAUGGUUGUACUGGUUUGAAUCGAGUCUAAUCCGGGUUGAGUCGAGCCAGUGGCGGGUCCGCUCGGGCAGGAUGGAGCUCAUCACAAUCCUCGAGAAAACCGUCUCUCCAGAUCGCAAUGAACUGGAAGCAGCGCAGAAGUUUCUGGAGCGGGCAGCGAUUGAGAACCUGCCCACCUUCCUUGUGGAACUUUCCAAAGUGCUUGCAAACCCAGGAAACAGCCAGGUUGCCCGUGUUGCCUCAGGCCUACAGGUCAAGAACUCGCUGACGUCCAAGGACCCUGAUGUGAAAACGCAGUACCAGCAGAGAUGGCUUGCCAUCGACGCCAACGCACGAAGGGAAGUCAAGAACUAUGUGCUGCAAACCUUGGGCACAGAAACUUACAGGCCCAGUUCAGCCUCCCAGUGCGUGGCUGGCAUCGCCUGUGCGGAGAUCCCAGUGAACCAGUGGCCUGAACUCAUUCCCCAGCUCGUAGCGAAUGUCACAGACCCCAACAGCACUGAACACAUGAAGGAGUCAACACUGGAAGCCAUUGGAUACAUCUGCCAGGACAUUGAUCCAGAGCAGCUACAGGACAACGCGAAUCAGAUCCUGACGGCCAUCAUCCAGGGCAUGAGGAAAGAGGAGCCCAGCAACAACGUUAAACUGGCAGCUACCAAUGCCCUGCUCAAUUCCUUGGAGUUCACCAAAGCAAACUUCGACAAAGAGACCGAGAGACACUUUAUUAUGCAGGUAGUCUGUGAAGCAACACAGUGUCCGGACACAAGAGUACGAGUAGCAGCCUUACAGAACCUGGUGAAGAUAAUGUCCCUGUAUUAUCAGUACAUGGAGACAUACAUGGGUCCAGCUCUGUUUGCAAUUACAAUCGAAGCUAUGAAGAGUGAUAUUGAUGAGGUGGCCUUGCAAGGAAUUGAGUUCUGGUCAAACGUGUGUGAUGAGGAGAUGGACUUGGCUAUUGAAGCAUCCGAGGCAGCUGAGCAAGGAAGGCCCCCAGAGCACACCAGCAAAUUCUAUGCCAAAGGAGCCCUUCAGUACUUGGUGCCCAUCCUCACACAGACCCUGACUAAACAGGAUGAGAAUGAUGACGAUGAUGACUGGAACCCCUGUAAGGCGGCGGGCGUGUGCCUCAUGCUGCUGGCGACCUGCUGCGAGGAUGACGUUGUGCCCCAUGUGCUGCCCUUCAUAAAGGAGCACAUCAAACACCCAGACUGGAGGUACCGGGACGCCUCCGUCAUGGCUUUCGGGUCCAUCCUCGAGGGGCCGGAGCUCAACCAGCUCAAACCGCUCGUCAUUCAGGCCAUGCCCACGCUGAUCGAGCUGAUGAAGGAUCAGAGUGUGGUGGUCCGGGACACCACCGCCUGGACGGUGGGCCGAAUCUGUGAGCUGCUCCCCGAAGCCGCCAUCAACGAGGUCUACCUGGCUCCCCUGCUGCAGUGUCUGAUCGACGGGCUGGGUGCCGAGCCCAGGGUGGCCUCCAACGUGUGCUGGGCUUUCUCCAGCUUGGCAGAAGCUGCGUAUGAGGCUGCUGAUGUGGCCGAUGAUCAGGAAGAGCCGGCUACUUACUGCUUAUCCUCCUCGUUUGAGCUGAUUGUACAGAAACUUCUGGAGACUACAGACAGGCCUGAUGGACAUCAGAACAAUUUGAGGAGUGCGGCGUACGAAGCACUGAUGGAGAUUGUGAAGAACAGUGCGAAGGACUGCUACCCAGCUGUACAGAAAACUACUCUAGUCAUCAUGGAGAGGCUGCAGCAAGUGCUGCAGAUGGAGUCUCAUAUUCAAAGCACAUCAGACAGAAUCCAGUUCAACGAUUUGCAGUCUUUGCUCUGCGCCACACUCCAGAAUGUUCUGCGCAAGGUGCAGCACCAGGACGCCCUGCAGAUCUCGGACGUGGUGAUGGCGUCUCUGCUGAGAAUGUUUCAGAGCACCGCGGGGUCCGGGGGAGUGCAGGAGGACGCUCUCAUGGCGGUCAGCACGCUUGUCGAAGUGUUGGGCAGUGAUUUCUUGAAAUACAUGGAAGCCUUUAAACCUUUCCUAGGUAUUGGGCUGAAAAAUUACGCUGAAUAUCAGGUUUGCCUGGCUGCAGUGGGGCUAGUCUGUGAUCUGUGCAGAGCUCUCAUGACAAAUAUCUUGCCGCAUUGUGAUGAGAUCAUGGCACUACUGCUGGAAAACCUGGGGAAUGAGAACGUGCACAGGUCUGUCAAACCCCAGAUUCUCUCUGCGUUUGGUGACAUUGCCCUGGCAAUCGGUGGAGAGUUCAAGAAGUACCUUGAUAUUGUGCUGGACACUCUCCAGCAGGCCUCCCAAGCACAGGUCGACAAGACGGACUAUGAUAUGGUGGACUAUCUGAAUGAACUGCGGGAGGGGUGUCUGGAGGCGUACACGGGCAUCGUUCAAGGGCUGAAAGGAGACCAGGAAAAUGUGCAUCCGGAUGUGAUGCUGGUGCAGCCUCGUGUAGAGUUCAUCCUUUCCUUCAUUCACCACAUUGCUGAAGAUGAGGAUCACUCGGAUGGAGUAGUGGCUAAUGCUGCUGGCCUGAUAGGUGAUCUGUGCACAGUGUUUGGUAAAGAUGUCAUGAAGUUAGUGGAGGUGAGGCCUAUGAUUCAUGAACUGCUAACUGAGGGGAGGAGAUCGAAGACGAGCAAAACUAAAACUCUCGCAACAUGGGCUACCAAGGAGCUUCGGAAACUAAAGAAUCAGGCUUGGUAAACAUUUCAUUGGAAAAAUGUGAGAGAAAACAAAAAUGGAAGCUGAAGCGAGGAGUGUGCACGGAUGAUGAGUGUUUGGGAAUGUGAGAGAGAGUGAGUGAGGGUUGAAAUCACACCACCUUCUGAAUACUAUUCCAGCAGCGUUCGUCACAGCCUCGGCAGCGUGUCCGCUGGCCGAAGUGCUGAAUUCAACCGAAAGAGCGACGCUGGACCGCUGCAACCGGCAACACUUCAAGAACGAAAAGGAAAAUCUUCAAAACAAAACUAUAGAAAUUAACAGCCAAACUUGAGGGUUCAUUUUUAUUUAAGCCGGUCUUGUAGAAGAUUUUGUUGAAUAGAAAUCCUGGAUUUGAAAAUAUUAACUUCUAAAUAAAAAAAAAAAUGAAGAUUUUUUUUUUUUCUAAAUGGGACUUGCUGCUGGAGUUCAAGAAAGCUUACACAAGAAACAAUUGGAUUCUCUGGCCCAGCUUCUGUAAUUUUAACCCAUUGUGCAGUUUAUGCAUGAGAAACCUUGCGACCUGCUUUGUGAGGGUUAGUCCCAGUUGAGAGAGAGAGAGAGAGAGAGAGAGAGUGUGUGUGUGUGUGUGUGUGUGUGUGUGUGUGAGGAUGUAUCCACUUCACAUCCAAUAUAAAAUUAAAAACAAAAACAGAUCUUUGCAAAUAGGUUUGGCAAAAUGAUUGAGUCCCGUCAGCUAAUGGCAGCACAAGAGAAAUUGAAAAAGUGAAGUUGCUUUUCAUGUUCUUUAGGAGAACUGCUGACAAAUGUGCAGAGCUUCCUUUUUAAGGGUAAAAGCAAUGUUAAUGACCGGAAAGGAAAACCUGUUCUUUCCCUGUCUAGAAAUAUCAAACUGUGAAUUAGUGUUCUAAUGAUAGCAACAAUACACUAUACAAAAUGCCCUUAAUUAGACAGAUAGCACUUUGGAAAUAACCCCAGUUAACACAACCUCAAUCCAAACACAAAUAGUGCCAAAGAGUUAAACCAUACGAAAAAAAUAGAAAAAAACCAGGAAAUACUUUGGCUUGUGGUGUAAAAAAACAAAACUGAAGAAUCUUACCCUUUUGGAACCAGCAUUGGCAUUUCUGUGAUUUUAGUGUUAAAAUUGAUGCAUUGUGAUGUUGGUCUGUAACUGCGCUAAAAGGAAAAAUCUUACUGAGCUUUGCGAAACAAUUAGGCUUUUUUUUUUUUUUUUCCAUUGCCAUUGAAAAAAAAAUUAAAUGAAUGUUAUCUAACAUUCCCCAGCACUUUUUUGUUUGGUCUUUUAAACAAAUCUUAAACAUGUAAUUCUAUUCCAGUUGUGUGUGUUUUUUUUAAUAUGAAAAGUUUUGGGAGUGGUUGUCAAGACAACACGAGGAGAUCGAUUUUUUUUUAUUAUUUUUUUUUUUUUAAAGGCACACCUGACAACUUAAGACUGGUGUCUUCGGUCAGUUCCGUGUAUUCAGGGAACUAAUUAUUAUUAUUUUUUAAUAAAAAAAAAAAAAAAAAAGCAAUUGUAUAAAAUCUGCAAAAUAAAAAAAUUCUCUUCCUAUCUUUUGGCCAGAGCUGGUUCUAGUCCCACUUUCUUUAUUAAGAGGAAUAAUUCCGGGGUUAUGAAAUGUGAAUUGUCUUCAGUAUCUCUAAUUUUAAUGCAUUGGUAGCUGGGAUUGGGGAGUUUCAUUAGUUUCGAACCCCUCUUCCUUACAUCUAUUGUCUCUUACACGGAAUGGUGAUUGCUGUGUUAAAGUACUCACUAGCCCUGUACAGCAUCGGUUCCGAAUGGACACAAUCAUGUUGCUACGUGGCAUGUACACUGCACAGAACCCCCGUUCCUUGAGCGCUAAUCCAUUUUACUCGAGAGGGCAUCCUGGGCUUUUAGAAUGGGCUGUGUGUUAGCUCUGCGCUUCUGAGGUGUAAUUGUGUAUUUGAUCAUGACUUCGCUGGUGUAUACCGCAUUGCUCUCAUGUACACUUCCUCUGAGCCCCUUGUGAAUCUCCCUCUUCCAACACUAACGAUGUUAAUUUCUUAAUCUGAGAACUGGGGUUUACGUUUCUUUUAAAACGAAAAAAACAAACAAACAAAACUUCUGAAGCAUAGCCAGUUUUAUAAAAGGUCUGUUUUAGGAUCUUCAGGGCGGAAGUGGCCUUGUUUAGAGAAGCAGGCUGCUUCUCUUUGGUCGGGGUGAGCUGUUUUAAAAGCUCGCCUCUACCAGCAUGUAGGAAGCAGUUCAUUCCUGCACUCCUUAUCUGCCCACUUUGUCUCGGUACAGAGUAUGAGACGUGUGGCUUUUCAGAGCUGGCUUGUGAAUGCAAUGCGGUGUGGAGAGUUAGUGACCACUGUUGCAGGGAGGGACGCAGGUGUCUUUUUUUUUUUUUUUUUUUUUGCACACUGGCAAGAUAGGGAUUGGUGUCCAGCUCCCAAAUCAGAUUGAUUACUCCUAGGUAUAUUUAAAAAAUGUGUAUUUUUAAAAUAUACUUUUUUUUGUUUUGUUUACUGUUCUUGCCUUUGUGGUUAGUUUGUACUUUUAUUGAGGGAGUUUAAGGAUCGGGGGAUAAUCGUCUGCCAAUGGGGAUUUCUGACCAUCCCUCAGUGCUACCUGUUUCUGUCUGUCCGUGAUGCAGUUCGGCUUUAGAGCAAACAGAAUAAAGCACACUGAGAUACUAA